CAGUAUAUCACAUCACCCAAUUUUGAGCUUCUCUAUUGGUGACUCCCAGUGAACCCACGUUGUGGUGUGUGUACGCUUUCUUCAUCUUUUGAAUUUUGGAAUCCAUGGGUCAGGGAACUCCGGGCGGAAUGAACCGGCAGGGCGACCGGAAGCCGGAUGGCGGCGACAAGAAGGAGAAGAAGUUUGAGCCCGCGGCGCCGCCGACCCGCGUCGGGCGAAAACAGCGGAAGCAAAAGGGUCCGGAGGCGGCGGCGCGUCUGCCUACGGUGACUCCGGUGACGAAGUGCAAGCUGAGGCUACUGAAGCUGGAGCGAAUCAAAGACUACCUUCUGAUGGAGGAGGAGUUCGUGGCGAAUCAGGAGCGCCUCAAGCCUCAGGAGGAGAAGGCGGAGGAAGACAGAUCCAAGGUCGACGAUCUUCGAGGCUCUCCCAUGAGCGUCGGUAAUCUCGAAGAACUCAUCGACGAGAACCACGCCAUUGUUUCCUCCUCCGUUGGUCCGGAGUACUACGUCGGAAUCUUGUCUUUCGUCGAUAAGGAUCAGUUGGAGCCUGGUUGUGCUAUUUUGAUGCAUAAUAAGGUUCUCUCUGUUGUUGGGCUUCUUCAAGAUGAAGUUGAUCCUAUGGUCUCUGUAAUGAAGGUUGAGAAGGCUCCUCUGGAAUCUUAUGCUGACAUUGGUGGUUUAGAUGCCCAGAUACAGGAAAUUAAGGAAGCAGUUGAGCUACCCCUGACGCAUCCUGAACUAUAUGAAGACAUUGGUAUUAAACCUCCUAAGGGAGUCAUAUUAUACGGAGAACCUGGAACUGGGAAGACCUUACUUGCGAAGGCUGUGGCAAACUCAACAUCAGCUACAUUCUUACGUGUUGUUGGCAGUGAAUUGAUACAAAAAUAUUUGGGAGAUGGCCCAAAACUUGUGAGGGAACUUUUCAGAGUUGCUGAUGAUCUUUCUCCUUCUAUUGUAUUCAUUGAUGAAAUUGAUGCUGUUGGUACAAAAAGGUAUGAUGCUCACUCAGGUGGAGAACGUGAAAUCCAAAGGACCAUGUUAGAGUUGUUGAACCAGUUAGAUGGUUUUGAUUCAAGAGGAGAUGUAAAAGUGAUUCUGGCAACCAAUAGAAUUGAAAGUCUUGAUCCAGCUUUGCUGCGACCUGGUCGAAUUGACAGGAAGAUAGAAUUUCCUCUUCCUGAUAUCAAAACUAGGAGACGUAUUUUUCAGAUACACACAUCGAGGAUGACAUUAGCUGAUGAUGUCAACUUGGAAGAAUUUGUUAUGACUAAAGAUGAAUUCUCUGGAGCUGAUAUAAAGGCAAUAUGUACUGAAGCUGGUUUACUUGCUCUUCGAGAACGCCGGAUGAAGGUGACUCAUGCCGACUUUAAGAAGGCCAAGGAUAAAGUGAUGUUUAAGAAGAAAGAAGGGGUGCCUGAAGGGCUGUAUAUGUGAAAUAGUUCCGUAUAUUAUCUCCAGUCCUCUCGUUCUUUUUUUUAAUGUACUAGUCACGGGAACAAAUGUCAAUUCAUUUGUAUUAUGCGAACAAAUGUCAUUUGUAUUUUGGGGGCUUUGAAUCUCAAACUAUGAUUGAUUUUAAUUCAAUAUAUAGUUUUCUACCAA